CUCCUUUGGGCGCUCGGACCGAGCCCGAGGCGGGGGCAGCGGCGAGAGCCCCCUGCUGUCCCCGGUUCUCCCCCUACCCCCGGCCGCAGCGCGGCACUGAGGCGCCCGGUCCCGGGAGCCUGCAGUCCGUGUCGGACAUCCUUACUCCUCCCCCUUCUCCUCCUCCUCCUCCUCCCCCCACCCUUCUCGUCCUCCUCCUCUUUUUCCUUCCUCCCACCCCGGCCGGCGGAGCCCCAGAGGCAUAGGCGCAGGCACGCACGCGCGGGCACACUGACCCGGCAGCCCCACGAGCGCGCGCGGUGCGCGCCCCUUCCCCGGCUCGCACGCGGGCGGUGUGUGAGUGUGUGUGAGGAGUGUGAGUGUGUGUGUGAGAGGGAGUGAGUGUGAGUGUGCGCGCGCGCUGCGCAGCUCAGCGCAGCGCUCGGGGCCGGGCUGGGCCGGGCCGGGCCGGGGGCAGCGAGGAUGGAAGGCGGUGCGUACGGAGCUGGCAAGGCUGGGGGCGCCUUCGACCUCCAGACCUUCAUCCGGCAGCCCCACACCGUGCUGCGUCUGGUGUCCUGGCUGUUUGCCAUUGUUGUCUUUGGCUCCAUCGUGAAUGAGGGUUACAUAAACGAUUCGAAGGAGAGUGAGAAAUUCUGCAUCUACAACCGGAACCGCAACGCCUGCAACUACGGAGUCACUGUGGGCGUCCUGGCCUUCCUCACCUGCGUUCUCUACCUGGCCCUGGAUGUCUACUUCCCUCAGAUCAGCAGCGUCAAAGACCGGAAGAAGGCUGUGAUCUCGGACAUCGGUGUCUCGGCCUUCUGGGCAUUCCUCUGGUUUGUUGGUUUCUGUUUCUUGGCCAACCAGUGGCAGGUCUCUAAACCCGAACACAAUCCUAUGAACGAGGGGUCAGAUGCAGCUCGAGCGGCCAUCACCUUCUCCUUCUUCUCCAUCUUUACCUGGGUGGGCCAGGCGGUGCUGGCCUUCCAGAGGUACCGGAUCGGCGCUGACUCGGCCCUCUUCUCCCAGGACUACACGGACCCGAGCCAGGAUUCAACCAUGCCUUAUGCCCCCUACGCCAAUGAGCCGGAGGCUGGGCCCGACAUUGGCGGCUCCUACCAGCAGCCUGCCAAUGCCUUUGAUGCCGAGACCCAGGGCUACCAGACACAGGGGUACUGAGCCAGUGACGGCCCCUCCUGCCCCCCCCUCGCCUCCGCGUCCAGAGGCAAAGACACCCCCAUUGCCUUCUCCCUCCCCAGCCCCCCAGCUGUUGCACACUCACGCACACACCCAGUCCACACUUGCUCUCCUCUCCCAGCCCCGUCCUCUAGCUCAGUGGAGUCUGUGUCCGUCCUCUCCCUCUCCAAUUUUAUUAGAAAUGUCUCUGAAUUCCACCGGGUCCUAGGGGACAUCCAGGGAGGGGCUGACCGUCCAGGAGAGGAGGCCGGUGUCCAUCCUAGGGGCCCGUGGCUGUGGCUGAGGGGGGCAGGGAGUGUGUGUGAGUGUGUGUGUGUCUGUGUGUGUGACACGUGUAUCACCAGAAGGUGGACGUAUUUGAGAAAGUGUAAGUACAUUUGUCUGUCAAGGGCUUGGCGUGGAGGGGUCCCACUGGCAAAAGGGCCCAGUGUGGGGGGAGGGCACUGGAUUCGAGUGCGUUUCCCCAUCGGUUCACGAAGCACUGAUCCCGAUGCCCUCUCUCCGCUCCCUCCCACCCAUCGCAGCCUUCCCCCUCAGACCCUGGGCUCCUUUUCCAGGCUCCUGGUGCUGCAGGGCCCUUUCAGUGUUAUUGCCAUUUCUGGGGUCUCCGGUUGGCUCGGACGGGCAGGAUUAACAGGUGCCAGGGCCCAUCCCUGUUGACCUGCAUGUCCUCUUGGUCCCAGUGCUUUCCAGAUCAAAGAGAAGGCGCUCGUCACCUUCCCCGGCUCCCCAAUCCAGGGGUACAGGGACCUCACUCUCCCCGUCCAACAAUGCCCACACAGGAACUCGCCUUCCUCCCACUGGAGAUCAGCUGAGUCGUUCCCAGGCCGCUGAAUGUCCCUCAAAGAGCUCCCUUUCCUUUCUGUCCUGCGCCCAAUUUCCCCGCAGUUGCUGGCUCCUUCAGCCUCUGUGGAACUGCAGUGACCCAGUUGUGAAUCCCAGCAUCCUAUGGGGACAGCCAGCACCAGAGCAGCCUCCUGCACUCCGUGCUCCCAACAAUCCCCAACCUCCUCUACCCCCCCCGCCCCCCAAAUCCAGCUCAACGAUCCAUCUUUGUGUCUCUGUCCUGCCUCAUUUAGGCCGUCCCACACACAUGUUUUGUACUAGUCGGGCUUUUAUGUGGCCACACUAUAGAUGGUCUGGGUGUGUCGAGCAUCUGGCUCCUGAAUCAGCACUUCUAAAACAUCUUUCUUUCCGGGUCCAGCCUUGUGUGAGGUAACGAGUCUGAGAUUCAAGCUGAGGGAGAUGGGGUCCUUGUCCUCGAGGAGCUCACGGUCCCACCUAGAACUGUUUGAUACUGGGUUGGGCUGGUGAUUUCUUAGGGGGAAGGAGAAAAUGUAGACAGGUCCCUUCUUAGUCAUUCAACACUCCUGAGGUCCUGAGGUGAAAUAUUUGCCCUGGAUCACAAAUAAGACUGAAAACAAUCUUUGACUUUGAGGCUGGCUGGCUGGCUCUCUAUCCAUUAGGCUACACUGCCUCUUACUGCAAAGCAUGGGACCUUUGGCUAGAGUGAAAGGAAUGAGAGGUGGAAGGGAGAAAAGCCUGGAAAGGCAAGUUGGGCCUCCCAGAGAGCCUUGAAUGCCAGCUGCACACCUGGUCCCAUCUCCCAGAGUACCUGCUCACACCCGCUGCCACCCCCUCCCCUUUUGUUAGGACCUUGAUGUAGAAUAUCCAGCCUCAUCCGCCCCCCUUAUCUGGAGGGUGAAGGAAUAGCCUUAGGUCCAGAGAAAAGCAUGAGAAGGGUCAGGAGGCAGGUUAAUGGGCAGGGCUGGAACCUGGCUCCUCCAACCCCAAGUCCAGUGUUUACAUAAUGCUCCUGUUGCUUCACACGACCAUGUGCCCGAUGUCACAUAGCAAAUGACAGAGGAGAGAGGGAGGGGAGCCCAGACUGGCUGCCUCCUUCCAGACCACUCUGGCCCCAUUAUCCACAGAUAGGCCCUUGUCUCAGGGAAGCCGCAGGGUCCACUGGAGAACAGACUUCUAGUAACUAUAGGAACACUAUAUAUGGGUAGGGAAGUCCAGCUGUAACUCCACCUCCCCCCCGCCCCCAAUCCUCAAGGCUGGCGAGAUCAUGGAAUAGGCUGUGGAGGAGGAUGCCAGUGGGGAAAGGGGCUGCAAACUGUCCUAUUUGGAUCAGAUGAAGGAACUGGGGAGGAGAGAAAACUUGGGACAGGAUGAAGCUUUUCUUUAGUAUCUGAAAGGCCAUUAUGGGGAAGAGGCAUUAAAGGGCAGUAGUGAAAAGAGCUGGGGAUCUGGAGGCAGAAGUUGGGUUCAUAUCCCACCACUGGCUUGUGUGUGACCUGGGAGAUACCCCUUUCCCCAUGUCAGCCUUCACCUAUACAAUGACAAGUUGGACCGGACAGCCUCCAAAUCGAUCUCAUCAGUGGGGAUCUUGAAGGUCCCUCUUCUGUUGGCAUUUUGUGAGUCUAUGACCUAAUUAGCAAUGAUGAAUGGAAAUUGGAGGAAAGCCCAUUUGGGCUCCAUGGAAGGGACGGAAUUAUUUAAAAAGCAUAGUCUAUUUAAAGAGGCAGUGAGCCGUCUGUCACUAAAAGCCUUCCAACCGUGGCUGGGUAUAAAGGCUUUGACAGAGGCAGGGAGGGGACUAGAUGCCUUUUGAAUUCCUUUCCAAUUCAAGUAUUUGUUCUGGUUCACCGCUAGUAAAGUCAGUCCGCUCUCAGAUCUAGUUUACUCAUCCACAAAUGGAGGGUUUUGAUCUCUGCCUUCAUGGAAUGUUGUAAAGUCCAAAUGAGGGAAUGGGGGUGAAAAAAACCUCAAAAUGAUAUUCAUCUGUGAGAGAUUCAAGGAGUUCUACCCUAGCAACCCUCUUCUAUACACGUCCCACCCCAUGAUCACCUCCACUGAGGUCACCAGAACUCAUAUUGGGACAAAAUUCCUGGGCUUUGAUCUGCCUGAUACUGGAGACCCUGGACAAAGCCCUUAGGCCUUGGAGGCCUCGGUUGCCUCAUCUGGAAAGUGGGAGUGCAUCUUACCUACCUGGAGGCAAGGUGCUGGACCAUAUGACCUCAGCUCAGGCUGGUGAGCUGGUGGGUGUGGUAGAAGAAGGGGGUGCUCAUGGGGGAUCAUUUUCUCUCUGCUGGAUUCCAACUCCAGCCAAGGUCUCAUUCAGUCAUAUCCAACCCCAUAUAUUCUGCCCCUGCCUUGAUCCUAAUCAUGGAUUUCCUCACCCCCACUUAGCUCCCAGGAGGUCCAUGACGGGCUUCAGACCUGUAGAUUUUCUGGGGUGCCUCCAGCAGAUCCCAGAUCUGUUUGAUAGGACUGUGGUGCUUUUAUAGGAAGCAAGCAUCUAAUUUUCUUCAAGAUGAACCCAGGAUUUUUACCUCCUAGUCUGAUGCCCCAUUCAUUUCCCAAGUUCCUCACUAUUUCUAGGUCCUCACUGCCCCCCAGACUUCCUUCAGCUCACCAAGGGCUCCUAAUUGUUUUUUCUCCUUAGAUCUUGCCUUUCUGCCUGGUCCUGGUCCUGGCUAAAUCUGGGUCCAAGAAUCCUUCAUGGAAAACAGGGUGGCCUAAAGGGCCACUUUGGGUCAAUGCUCCCCACAUCAAGAAUUAUCCCUGUCCCUCUGCCUCUCAACGCUGCUCCCACUGACUGCAUCCUUGGGGUGUCUAUAGACCUAACUGGGUGUUCCAUCCUUCCCUCUCCCCUCUUUCCGCAGCAUUACUGCCUGUGUAUAGUAUAAAUAUAUAUUUUAUAUAUAUGAUGUAUAAUAUAAGGCUAUACAAAUAUCUAUGUGUGUGUGUGUGUGGGUGAAUGUGAGAAAGUGGUAAAGGAUGGUCAGCUCCAGGAGGACCACAUAGUAGGAUGUUCUUCUGGCUCUCCCCAGUGUAUCCAGACUCCUCCCCUACCCACCAGCCCUUGGCCACCCCAUCCGGUUGCCUGAGAGGGAUUCUCAGAACCUGUGUUGGCUCCGUCCUCUAUAUUUGUGCUGAACCAAGUGAAGGUGGUGACUACUGGUGAUGUAUCAAUAAAGUGGUGUUCCAAACCCAA